AUGUAUGCGUCGCGUGUUCGUUGGUUGUUCGUAUGGUGUUCGCUCGUUGAGAGAAAAGACACAUCCAACACUGUUACAUGCCCACAAUGGCCGCCCCCCGCUCAACUUCCCUUACGCGCUCUUCGUCUCCUAGCUGCUCAGCAACAUGCACCACUCCCCUCUUCAGCCCUCGCCUCCGUGGCGCCCUUCCGCCGCUCGCUACACAUCACCGGUGCAUUCUCCGCCCAGCCCGCUCGCGGACCCGAUGUAACUGCCAUCUACCGCUCCCGCGGCCUGGGGGAUCUACGCGCGGAAUGCGAGAGAAGGAACCUUAGGAGUGCGGGGAAUAAGGCGGAGCUCGUGGAUCGCCUGGCAAACCAUGACAUUCUCCAAUCUCGCGCAUUUAGCAUUGCGAUGAGGAAGAUCGAUAACCACCUUCUGGGGACAGGGAGCUCUUCUCGCACCUUCAACACCUCUCCGCGCCCAAAAUCCGUCAACGACUCCUCAACCGUCGACUUCGUCUACAUGCCCCAGGACAUGGACGCCUUUUCCUCCCCCUCCGCCAUCGCCGGCACCCCAAUGCCCACCCCGCCAGACGCCUACGCCCACUACCAGCUCACAAACAGUACCGGCACCACCCCCGGCCCCAUGAAACCCCAAAUCUAUACCGUCUCCGGCGACUACGACGCCCCAUCGUCGAGUAGCGGUAGCCGUAUGGGCACUGCUGCUGGCGGCGCUGCUGCUGGUGGUGGUGGUGGUGGUGGUGGAGCAAGCGCUAUGAGCGAGGUCGUCGAUAACCAAACCGUGGAGUUCGAUCCGUUUGAGCUGACGGAGACGAAUAACUCGUGGCUAUAUGAAGGUGGAUUUGCUGGUUAUUAUAGAAACACGCACCAACUGAGCGCAGGGGAUCUACUUACACUGAUUGCUUCCUCCCUGAUAGCGGAAGGAGGCCUUCAGAUAACCAACCCACCCACAUACAUGUUCCAUACAGCCUAA